AGUCACUGACCAGCGAUGCAAAACGCAAACUUGGCACCGUAGUGUUUCCUUUUUGACUAUGACUCUCGUGUGUUUUUGUUUUAUUCGCUUGGCGCAUGUGCACAUUCAGGCUGCAGAUUAAUAUUUCAAAUACUGCCAUUUUUUGUUUUUUUGCUUGUUGUUGAUAACUUCUUCUCAUUAAAGAACACAAAACAAACUUGGUAAAUAACUGUGCUCGGGCGCUGCCGGACGACAGUGAGACAGGAUUACUGUUUUCUUUUCCUUUCAGAAAAAGCAUUAAACGGUGGAUGUUUUCCAGUGCGGACAGACAGGGUCGAGUGUCUCUCUUCCCCUGCGCACCGCAGCUACCUGCGACAAGAUUUGGAUUAAGUCUAAUGAACUGGGGCUAAAUAAUCUCCACGGGACCGUUGAAGGAAAAACCGACUCAUUGUCUCGCUGUCUGCCGGUCCGUAGUCAAGGGGAUUCUCAAUCCGACAACAAAGUGAUGGACAAUAUCACUGUCCGACAAGGAGAGACUGUCUUCCUCAGGUGUGCACAAGGAGACGUGGUCACACACACAGCAUGGCUAAACCGAUCAAGUAUACUGUAUGCUGGAGAAGACAAAUGGUCGGUGGAUCCCAGAGUGAGUCUGGUGACCCUUAAUCAAGAGGAGUUUACCAUCAAAAUUGAAAAUGUGGACAUGACAGAUGAGGGGCAGUAUGUGUGUGCAGUCCAGACAAGCAGUAGACCGAGAACCACCUCAGUGCAUCUUCUCAUCCAAGUACCACCAAAAAUCAUCAACCUGUCAAGGGAUAUUGUGGUAAAUGAAGGUUCCAACGUCACCCUGAUGUGCCAAGCCAGCGGUAAACCUGAGCCUUCCAUCAGCUGGAAACUCAUCUCCUCCUCAGGAGACUUGGCAUCAGAUGAUGAGUACCUGGAAAUCCCAUCUAUCUCCAGACAGAGAGCAGGGACGUAUGAAUGCACAGCUGUCAACGAUAUCGACACAGAUGUCCAGACUGUAGACAUCACCGUCAACUAUGCUCCAGCUGUGUCAGAGGGCAGAGAUGUUGGAGUGACUCUGGGCCAAAGAGGAGUGCUGGAGUGUGAGGCUGAUGCAGUGCCUGAGGCAGAUUUUGAGUGGUAUAAAGAUGACAGAAGGAUCUUCAAUGGCUUUGAUGGCAUGGAGAUUGUGAAUACUGGAUCACUGUCGAAGCUGACAUUUUUUAAUGUGUCUGACGGAGAUUAUGGGAACUACACUUGUGUUGCCAUCAACAAACUUGGAAGCUCAAACACAAGCUUCCUUCUGUAUGUGGUAAUUGAACCCACUAGCUCAACGCUAUUGCAAGGACCGAGAGCAGUUCAGGAUGGCAGCGGCGGCGGCGCAGUAGGAGUUCACUCACACAGCUAUCUCUUCUUCAUAGUGUUUCUGCCCUUCCUGCUCAGAUUUUGAAGAGGAAUGGAUCUGAACCCAAGUAUUUUGUGUGUGUGUGUGUGUGUGUCUGUGUAUGUGUGUGUGUGUGUGUGAGAGAGAGAGAGAG